UAAGCAAAAGGCGAGAGCAAUGUAGGAGAAAAAAGGUUAACGAAUAUAAGUGAUAGUUUGUUGACUCCAUUCAACCUAAUCCAUCGUUCACAUCCGUGGUUCUUGUUCUGCCCUUUCGUUACUGAAACCGAACCGUUACCAUUUUGUGGAGACGAUGGAUUUGGACCAGUGGAUCUUGAAGGUUAAAGAUGGCCAACAUCUUCUUGAAGACGAGCUUCAACUUCUCUGCGAAUAUGUAAAAGAGAUCCUUAUUGAGGAGUCCAAUGUGCAGCCUGUCAAUAGUCCGGUAACUGUUUGUGGUGAUAUUCAUGGUCAAUUCCAUGAUCUGAUGAAACUUUUCCAAACUGGGGGUCAUGUGCCCGAGACAAAUUAUAUUUUUAUGGGAGACUUUGUUGAUCGAGGUUACAAUAGCCUUGAGGUUUUCACCAUCCUUUUACUUCUAAAAGCUAGAUACCCAGCUAACAUUACUCUUUUACGUGGAAAUCAUGAAAGUAGACAAUUAACCCAGGUCUACGGAUUUUAUGAUGAAUGCCAGAGGAAGUACGGCAAUGCCAACGCAUGGCGUUAUUGUACAGAUGUGUUUGACUAUCUAACGCUUUCUGCAAUUAUUGAUGGAACUGUGCUUUGUGUUCAUGGUGGCCUUUCUCCUGACAUUCGCUCAAUUGAUCAGAUAAGGGUCAUUGAUCGGAACUGUGAAAUUCCUCACGAGGGUCCUUUCUGUGAUCUAAUGUGGAGUGAUCCUGAAGAUAUUGAAACAUGGGCAGUCAGUCCCCGUGGUGCAGGUUGGCUAUUUGGAUCUAGGGUCACGUCUGAGUUCAAUCACAUAAAUAAUCUUGAUCUUGUUUGUCGAGCACAUCAACUUGUUCAAGAAGGCCUCAAGUAUAUGUUCCAAGAUAAAGGCCUUGUAACUGUAUGGUCUGCACCUAAUUACUGUUACCGAUGUGGAAAUGUAGCUUCUAUUCUGAGUUUCAAUGAAAAUAUGGAAAGAGAAGUUAAAUUUUUCACUGAAACAGAGGAAAACAAUCAGAUGAGAGGGCCCAGGACAGGCGUUCCAUAUUUCUUAUAAAUUGGUGCAAAUUUUGUUUGAAUUUAUUGUAAAAUUAUAGUGAUUCAGUAAAUGAUUGGACAUUGAUGAUGGUCAUGUAUUAGUUGUGCUUUGCCUUAUAAAGGUGGAUUUUGUUCGUCUCAA